AUGGAUGAUUCAGUGACAGACACACUCUUGGAACAAGUAAGAGCGUGUGCUUGGAUAAGCAUAGCUUGCAUGAACACUGACCCAGCAAAGAGGCCAAAUACAGAGGUCAUAAUGGAUAUCCUUGCUCAAACAGAAAUUAGGGAUAAGGUGGAAAAGAGCUCGAGUGCGAUGCCUGUAGCAAAGACAUUGUCUGUUGAGGAAGAAAAGGCUGGCAAGGUACCACAAGGUUUAAAGGCUAGAAAGAGUAGAAAGAUGCUAGAUACAUCUUCAUUUCUAAAUUCUAAUACCAGUAUAGUGAAGAUGUAA